AUGUUGCAGAACCAGUUUCCGAUGAACAUUGCCCAAGCUCAGGUUAACGGCGCAAACCAGUUUGCAGGCUCAUUUCCCUCCCAGCUCCCCGACAUUUCCGGUCUAAACGGCAUGGCAUCACUUCCCCAGUACAUGGCACAUGCAUUCCAGAAUGCGUAUGCACUCAACACACACAUGAUGAUGACGCAACAGAAUUGGAACAAUACUCAAGUAAUUCAGAACGCCCCAGUUGGAUCACCGGAAGACGUUGAGGUCAUCAUCAAAGCCAUUCGGAUUAGCUGGGUCAAUGGAAAGUCCACAAGGGAAGCAUUAGAGGGUUUACACGGUGUUAAUAAUCAUCCUGCGAGUGCAUGGAAAGAUUACUAUCUGGAGCACGACCGUUCUAUCGUUACUCGGAUAUCCGUUCCCGAGAGUAGUGGCUCGUCGCUUGCAUCCUCCAGUAAACAGCCGAAAGCGACUUCGUCGAGAGAUUCAGUCGAUGGAGUGCAUGUCACUAUCUCAUCAUCUCUAAGGUCCAAGAACAUCAAUCCCCCCACCUCUCACCCACUCCCGACACCAUCAACAUCGAACACCCCUCGUGUGCGCUCUGCAGCCUCACAACGCUCAUACAAAGAUGAAACAACAUCUUCUAGACCUUCGUCUCCCAACAGCUGUUCAUCUGCUCACUGUCCUACUCCACCACCAUUCGAUCCACGCGCAGCGCUCUCGGGUGGUCGCAUGGCCUUUACAGAAGCAGAUAAGGUGUUCUACUUCAAGUACAUCAAGUGGCAGGUGAAGCAAGAUCCCAAUGUUUCUAGGUCAAAGAUUGCCACUGGGCUUGCCGAAAAAGCUCCUCAUCAUUCAUGGCAAUCGUGGAGGAGUUAUUUCCAACAACAUCGCCACGCAGUGGACAGAAUCUUGAAACCCCAACGGGACACCAAGCGGGACCAAUCCUCGGCAGAUGAUGACUCAAAUUCAGAUGAGCAAGACCGAUCGAAAUACUCAAGCAGCGAGGGCAGCGAGGAAAGUGAGGAAGGUGAAAAAGAGUUGGGCGAUCUAGAAGAGUUCCCUGAUACAGACCAGGAUAUUCGGGACAUGGGAGACACUGGAGGGCCAUAUACCGCUGCGGACUUCAGAAUUGCUGCCAGAUUUAUUGCAGCCAAACCAGAUUGGGAAGACUUGAAGUUCUCCGAGAAGUGGGAGCCAUUCCACAUGAAGUAUCCACAGAGGACCGCCAAGGCAUGGGCCCACUUUGUCAUGCGCAACGAGAGAACCAUCCGCAAGCUCAUGCAGAUAUAUCGGCAGAGACCGCGCCGAGUGUUUUCUGUCGCAACCGGACCUCGGGUUGAGCGAGUCAACACUUCCGCCCCGAAGCGCAGACAUGAAUCGGAAAACAGUCAUGAUGGCAGCCGUGCCUCAAAGCGAAUAGCGGUUGAGAGAAACGAGGAAGAUCUCGGAGUCAAAGUCGACCUGGCCUCGCCACGCCUCACAGGACGCAGAUCAUCAGACAUAAAAUGA